AUGAGCCGGCGACAGAAUCCUUCAGAAUUCUUGAAGCAAAUAAUCGGGAAGCCGGUCGUGGUGAAGCUAAAUUCAGGAGUUGAUUACCGUGGGAUCCUCGCUUGCCUUGACGGGUUCAUGAAUAUCGCCCUGGAGCAGACCGAAGAGUACAACAACGGCCAGCUGCAGAACAAGUACGGCGAUGCGUUCAUCCGUGGCAACAAUGUACUGUAUAUUUCUACACUCAAGCGGUAG